AUGUUCGACUUCACCGAUGACGCGUCCGGACGCGAAAAAUGCUACACUACAGUCUCCCAGCUACCUAGUUUCGUUGAUCCGAAACAGGUGCCGAGUAAAAAGUCACCAUUUUCUGCUAUCUUGAGCCAUCCCUUUGUGCAUACGACCGAGAUCAUUCUUCCAGAAAAUGUUUACACAGACAUUCAGACGUCAUUAGACAAGCUGAAUCAGCCUCAAUCCGCUCGAGUGUUUAUGUCACCCUCUGAUCUCUUAGAGCAUGAAUUUUUCAACACAUACAUAAAGACUGGAAAUAUUCUCAUGAUUUCCGAAGGCCGGGCAGGGUCUGACAAUGUGUUCACCCUACACGAUGGAAUCCUCAAGAUCGAGCUCGGAAGGGAAACCUUCGAGCGCACAGGACUCACCGGGAAACCCAUCCGAAGCGGUGGAAGAAAGCACGCCAAGGAGAGAUUUUUAAUCGAGCUAAACCUUCGUCUUCCCUCGAUGCUACACGGCAAGAAAGGGUUUGACCGGAUCGUCUGGGCCUUCAAAAAUGUGUUGAAUCAGUCUCUGGCUUGGCUUUUUUGCGACCUGGAGCCCACCUCGGGAAACCAAGACACCAAGCCGAUUCAAAAACAGAAUCCGCAGAUGAUUAAUUCCGAGGUACUCAAAUCCAAGUUGGGUCAAAUUUCCACGCCGCCUAUGCAAGGAUUAGUAUCAAAUGACAUGUCCGAGGCAGAUAUGCAGGAAAGCUGCGGCGCUUUUGCUGAAUGGAUUGCCAUGGUCCAACUGGGGUCACCCCGUGUUUCAGCUGGAGAUGACGUCGACUCGUACCUGAGUCGCUACAGCGUACCAGGAGUUGAUGCACCUAGUACCGCCAAUUUAAUUAGCCUGAAGUGGCAUGGUCUGAUUCCCGCAAAAUGGAUCCUACAAUUGCUCUUAUCUCUACUCCCUUCGUCGGCCUGGUUCGUUCUUUCCACUUCUGCACUGGAGAGACAAGUCGUAGAAGGAAGGGAUGGUUAUACGAUCGCGGUUGCUUCAAACAUUUACUCCCAGGUAGCAUCCUGCGGAAACGAGGGCGAGGUAUCUGAAUCUAGCAACCGCUAUGCGAUAUGCUGGGAAUUUGUUGGGGCGACUACUGUCGAGACUUGA